AUGUUUAUUUUAAGAUCACAUCCACUUUUUACCCUACCCUUUCUUUUAGUGAAGCUGUUCCCGCUUCAUGCCAUGUCUGAAGAUAGCCCUUAUACUGAUGUAUGCUCCGCAUACUGCAAUGCCAGCAUGUUUAGUAACUGCAGCUGCAUUGGGAACAACAAGAUUCUGAAGUGUGAGGGAAAGUCUGUCGGAGUCUUUUUAGUCAUGAAUAUUACCGAUUCAAGUCUUAACAGCAGUUGUUCUAUGACGUUCAAUCAAACUUAUGGGGAUGAAGAAUUUUGUCGAACGGAACUUGAUAGUUUGGAAAGUUUGCUAGGAAACCUAAACAAAGGGAAUAUGAUGAGGUUUUAUUUUCCAGAUAGUGAUUUUCAUAUAAAACCUCGGAUAAACUUUAAAGUGACGUGCAAGGCCAAUGAAUUUUAUACACAGGUUCUUAAACUAGACAAUGUGUCAAAUAGUCUACCAUCUGCAUCUAAGAAUUCAUUUAGGUUUCAAAACACCAAGACGAACCUAUGGGUCGACGCUGAAAUUCAAGUUUACUAUGACUGUCAUUCCGAUAAAAACCAAAUCUGUAACAAAUCCGGUCACGUGGUUUGUGCGCCAGGUUACUUUGGUGACCGUUGUCAGCGAUACUGUAAUUCCUCUAUUUUUAAGAACUGCACUUGCAGCACAUACGGUAACCUUACAUGUCAGAGACAUUCCGUUGGAGCGUUUUUUGAAAUACAGUUUGUUAAAACGCAUAUUCCAGAAAAUGCAUCAAACAUCACUUACGACCUUAUUGUCAAACAAAGCUACAAGAAUGUCACAUUCCAGCAAAUGACGUAUGCACCUGUCAUUCUUCACCAGACACCUGACUUGAGCAGGCUGGGAUUUACCAAUAAUACGAUGAGCUUCUACUACCCAGACUUUAACAGUUUUCAAAACCCUUCUUGUGCCAUUUAUUUGAAAACUAACAACACACAACUGGGCCAAGUAUUUAAGCUUCAAGAUGUUGCUCCUACUAGAAAUGCAGAAUUCAGACCCCAGACUCUUCCGCUGCAUAACGAAGGGGAUAAAAUCUACCGACCGAAUGGAACUUGCUACCACAACGGUUCAUUCAUCUGCAAUCACAAUCAUUUUGGCGAUAAUUGUGAGACGUUUUGCAACAGGAGCAGGCCGAAUGGAACCUGUCAUCCCAAUGGUUCAUUCAUCUGCAAUCACAAUUAUUUUGGUGAUAAUUGUGAGACGUUUUGCAACACGAGCAGGCCAAAUGGAACCUGUCAUCCCAAUGGUUCAUUCAUCUGCAAUCCCAAUCAUUUUGGUGAUAAUUGUGAGACGUUUUGCAACACGAGCAGGCCAAAUGGAACUUGUUACCACAAUGGUUCAUUCUUCUGCAAUCACAAUCAUUUUGUCGAUAAUUGUGAGAUAUUUUGUAACUCGAGCAGGCCAAAUGGAACUUGUUACCACAACGGUUCAUUCAUCUGCAAUCACAAUCAUUUUGGCGAUAAUUGUGAGAUAUUUUAUAACUCGAGCAGGCCGCAUGGAACUUGUUACCACAACGGUUCAUUCAUCUGCAAUCACAAUCAUUUUGGUGAUAAUUGUGAAACGUUUUGCAACACGAGCAGGCCGAAUGGAACUUGUCAUCCCAAUGGUUCAUUCAUCUGCAAUCACAAUCAUUUUGGCGAUAAUUGUGAGAUAUUUUGUAACUCGAGCAGACCGAAUGGAACUUGUGACAACAAUGGUUCAUUCAUCUGCAAUCACAAUCAUUUUGGCGAUAAUUGUGAGACGUUUUGCAACACGAGCAGGCCAAAUGGAACUUGUUACCACAACGGUUCAUUCUUCUGCAAUCAAAAUCAUUUUGGCGAUAAUUGUGAGACGUUUUGCAACACGAGCAGGCCAAAUGGAACCUGUCAUCCCAAUGGUUCAUUCAUCUGCAAUCACAAUCAUUUUGGCGAUAAUUGUGAGAUAUUUUGUAACUCGAGCAGGCCGCAUGGAACUUGUGAUCACAAUGGUUCGUUCAUCUGCAAUCACAAUCAUUUUGGCGAUAAUUGUGAUAUAUUUUGUAACUCGAGCAGGCCGAAUGGAACUUGUUAUCACAAUGGUUCAUUCAUCUGCAAUCAAAAUCAUUUUGGUGAUAAUUGUGAGACGUUUUGUAACUCGAGCAGGCCGAAUGGAACUUGUUACAACAACGGUUCAUUCAUCUGCAAUCACAAUCAUUUUGGCGAUAAUUGUGAGAUAUUUUGUAACUCGAGCAGGCCGCAUGGAACUUGUUACCACAACGGUUCAUUCAUCUGCAAUCACAAUCAUUUUGGUGAUAAUUGUGAAACGUUUUGCAACACGAGCAGGCCGAAUGGAACUUGUCAUCUCAAUGGUUCAUUCAUCUGCAAUCACAAUCAUUUUGGUGAUAAUUGUGAGACGUUUUGUAACUCGAGCAGGCCGAAUGGAACUUGUUACCACAAUGGUUCAUUCAUCUGCAAUCACAAUUAUUUUGGUGAUAAUUGUGAGAUAUUUUGUAACUCGAGCAGACCGAAUGGAACUUGUGACCACAAUGGUUCAUUCAUCUGCAAUCACAAUUAUUUUGGCGAUAAUUGUGAGACGUUUUGUAACUCGAGCAGGCCGAAUGGAACUUGUUACCACAACGGUUCAUUCAUCUGCAAUCACAAUUAUUUUGGUGAUAAUUGUGAGAUAUUUUGUAACUCGAGCAGACCGAAUGGAACUUGCUACCACAACGGUUCAUUCAUCUGCAAUCACAAUCAUUUUGGCGAUAAUUGUGAGACGUUUUGCAACACGAGCAGGCCAAAUGGAACCUGUCAUCCCAAUGGUUCAUUCAUCUGCAAUCACAAUCAUUUUGGCGAUAAUUGUGAGAUAUUUUGUAACUCGAGCAGGCCGCAUGGAACUUGUGAUCACAAUGGUUCGUUCAUCUGCAAUCACAAUCAUUUUGGCGAUAAUUGUGAUAUAUUUUGUAACUCGAGCAGGCCGAAUGGAACUUGUUAUCACAAUGGUUCAUUCAUCUGCAAUCAAAAUCAUUUUGGUGAUAAUUGUGAGACGUUUUGUAACUCGAGCAGGCCGAAUGGAACUUGUUACAACAACGGUUCAUUCAUCUGCAAUCACAAUCAUUUUGGCGAUAAUUGUGAGAUAUUUUGUAACUCGAGCAGGCCGCAUGGAACUUGUUACCACAACGGUUCAUUCAUCUGCAAUCACAAUCAUUUUGGUGAUAAUUGUGAAACGUUUUGCAACACGAGCAGGCCGAAUGGAACUUGUCAUCUCAAUGGUUCAUUCAUCUGCAAUCACAAUCAUUUUGGUGAUAAUUGUGAGACGUUUUGUAACUCGAGCAGGCCGAAUGGAACUUGUUACCACAAUGGUUCAUUCAUCUGCAAUCACAAUUAUUUUGGUGAUAAUUGUGAGAUAUUUUGUAACUCGAGCAGACCGAAUGGAACUUGUGACCACAAUGGUUCAUUCAUCUGCAAUCACAAUUAUUUUGGCGAUAAUUGUGAGACGUUUUGUAACUCGAGCAGGCCGAAUGGAACUUGUUACCACAAUGGUUCAUUCAUCUGCAAUCACAAUUAUUUUGGUGAUAAUUGUGAGAUAUUUUGUAACUCGAGCAGACCGAAUGGAACUUGUGACCACAAUGGUUCAUUCAUCUGCAAUCACAAUCAUUUUGGCGAUAAUUGUGAGACGUUUUGCAACACGAGCAGGCCGAAUGGAACUUGUUACCACAAUGGUUCAUUCAUCUGCAAUCACAAUUAUUUUGGUGAUAAUUGUGAGACGUUUUGCAACACGAGCAGGCCAAAUGGAACUUGUUACCACAACGGUUCAUUCUUCUGCAAUCAAAAUCAUUUUGGCGAUAAUUGUGAGAUAUUUUGUAACUCGAGCAGGCCGCAUGGAACUUGUUAUCACAAUGGUUCAUUCAUCUGCAAUCACAAUCAUUUUGGCGAUAAUUGUGAGAUAUUUUGUAACUCGAGCAGGCCGAAUGGAACUUGUUACCACAACGGUUCAUUCAUCUGCAAUCAGAAUCAUUUUGGCGAUAAUUGUGAGAUAUUUUGUAACUCAAGCCGACCGAAUGGAACUUGCUACCACAACGGUUCAUUCAUCUGCAAUCACAAUCAUUUUGGCGAUAAUUGUGAGACGUUUUGCAACACGAGCAGGCCAAAUGGAACCUGUCAUCCCAAUGGUUCAUUCAUCUGCAAUCACAAUCAUUUUGGCGAUAAUUGUGAGAUAUUUUGUAACUCGAGCAGGCCGAAUGGAACUUGUUAUCACAAUGGUUCAUUCAUCUGCAAUCAAAAUCAUUUUGGUGAUAAUUGUGAGACGUUUUGUAACUCGAGCAGGCCGAAUGGAACUUGUUACAACAACGGUUCAUUCAUCUGCAAUCACAAUCAUUUUGGCGAUAAUUGUGAGAUAUUUUGUAACUCGAGCAGGCCGCAUGGAACUUGUUACCACAACGGUUCAUUCAUCUGCAAUCACAAUCAUUUUGGUGAUAAUUGUGAGAUAUUUUGUAACUCAAGCCGACCGAAUGGAACUUGCUACCACAACGGUUCAUUCAUCUGCAAUCACAAUCAUUUUGGUGAUAAUUGUGAGAUAUUUUGUAACUCGAGCAGGCCAAAUGGAACUUGUUACCACAAUGGUUCAUUCAUCUGCAAUCACAAUUAUUUUGGCGAUAAUUGUGAGACGUUUUGUAACUCGAGCAGGCCGAAUGGAACUUGUUACCACAAUGGUUCAUUCAUCUGCAAUCACAAUUAUUUUGGUGAUAAUUGUGAGAUAUUUUGUAACUCGAGCAGGCCGAAUGGAACUUGUUAUCACAAUAGUUCAUUCAUUUGCAAUCACAAUCAUUUUGGCGAUAAUUGUGAUAUAUUUUGUAACUCUAGCAGGUCUAACGGAACGCUAACUGAUAAUUCUACUAUAAUGACACUUUCAUUUGAGUUUGUGUGUAAUUGUACACUGAUGACUCGUCAGGAAAUAAACAAGUACAUUUUGCAUCACCUAUCAGAACUGAACACACAUAUUCAUCCGCCAAUCAUUUUACACGUACCAAAAGGGCGCCAGCAUGUAAAAAGAACCACGAAGCAGGAUUGGUUAUCGACAAACUGGAAAUUGACAGCGGCCAUACUGGGAUCGAUUGCUAUUGCGUUGUGCAUUGUCCUCGUGGCUGAGAUCUCCAAAAUGUAA